AUGGCAAGCUCUCCAAGCAAGAAGAAUGGCAUGCCAUCGCCUAUCCAGAAAAUGGAGCGGGACGCAGCUACUAACAUUUGGACGAUUUGGUACGCGUCUCAAUACGGCAAAUUAGAGCGCGUGCGCUCGCUCUUGGAUCGAAACGCUGUUUCUUCUAUUGAUGUACAGGAAUUUCGAACACAAUGGAGUCCGUUGCAUUUUGCUUGUCGGUACGGACACAGCUCCCUUGUGGCAUUUCUUAUUGCUCGAAAUGCAAAUGUGGAUCUACAAGAUUGGCAAGGGAAUACACCUCUUCAUCUGGCUGCUGGGUGGGGGGAUCUGGACUGUGUCACGUUGGUGUUGGAAGGAGGAGCUGAUGUCCGACGAACCAACAAUACUGGACAAACUCCACUGGAUGUAUCGAUCUCUUUAGCUCGCAAGGAUCACAUUCGACUGCUAAAAGAUUGGAGGCCUUUAGGUCUCAGUGCUGAAGAGCUAGCAGCUUUUCGACAGCAACUCAUUGCCAAUAACACGGAGCUGAUCAAGUUUGAACGAGCUCUUGUGGAAGAACCAAACACGGAUAUUAGAUUGGAACUCCAGGCACUUCAUUUCAAGCGCCAAUGCUUCGGUCAGAGUCACCCUGGACUUUUUGCAACGUACAGCAAGCUCGUAAAUCUUUACAGGGACAAUAAUAAGAUAGCCGAUGCUUUCUCCAUGGCAGACCACGGACUCACGCUCUGCGAAUCCACAUACGGCCGUCGACAUGUGGACACUGCUCGAUGGGUUAGUGCGCUCGGUGAACUGCUUCUUUUACGAGAAAACUUUGACCAGGCCAUCCAUUGCUUUGUUGAGGCGUUCAACACGAUCUCCAGCUUGCAGGGAGAAACACAUCACGAGACAAUGUUUGCACUGGAAAACUUAGCCAUCGCGUGCUACAACGCCAAACUUUACCAUCUUAAUGUGCGCCUUGCAUCCGUGCUUUUAGCGCAGAAACGUGUGCAAAAAGCUCGAGAGCUCUACGUGCAGUGCUUGCCGCAUGCCGAAAACCUGUUCGGAGGCACAGACGACCACACUGUGGCGUGUACAGACGCUAUUGGAAAAUGCUGUUUCUUGCUCGGCGAGUUCGCGGAAGCGGAGAAGUACUUUAAGCGCUCACUAGCUGCCAUAACUCGUCUCCCAGCUCCAAGCACCACCGACAGUCAAGAAGCACUAUCAUCUCCGCCCCAGAAGGAUCGAUUCCGACGCGCACAGAGCAAUUUAGCCAUGGUAGCGGUGGCAGCAAAGUCCAGUAGUGCAGUUCAGGCGCAACUUGCAUGCCUUGGGUAUCUUCACUGA